CACCAUCAGAUUUCAACUCAUUUCAUGGUGCUCGAACACCAUCGACCCUAAGCUGAUGUGCUGUUUUUAGCGCUACUGUUUACAAAAUGUCAGAAAAUUUGAAAAACAUCCUGGAGGAAUGGAAAGGUCUGGAAGAAGAGUAUCAGCAACUUCAGGAGACACACAGAAUGUAUUUAAAGAAACUGGAUGAACUUUCCAAACUGCAAAACAACUGCUCUUCCUCUAUCUCCCGUCAGAGGACAAGACUGAAUGAGAUAUCCCAACUGGUGAAAAAAUCCAGCAAAGGGUCAUCAGAAGAAGAUGCCAGGAUUCUGGAUGACAUAAAAGAGAAAAUCAAGAUUCGACCAAAUGCUUUCUUUCAGAUGGAGGCUUUCCUUCCCAAGAAAAAUAGCCUAUACCUCAGUCUGGUUCUUGGAAAUGUGAAUGUCACGCUUUUCAACAAGCAGUCAAAAUUUGCUUACAAAGAUGAAUAUGAGAAGUUCAAGCUGUGCCUCACAGUCCUUCUGCUGCUGUUCUCCUUCAUUUGCUAUUUCUUUGUGAGCUACAGAUUUUCUGACGUAAUCCUCAAUUUUCUGCUGGUGUGGUACUAUUGUACCUUAACUAUCAGGGAGAGUAUCCUCAUCACCAAUGGCUCCAGAAUCAAAGGUUGGUGGGUUUUUCAUCACUACAUAUCAGCGGUUUUGUCCAGUGUAAUGCUGACUUGGCCAGAGGGAAACCUGUACCACAUGUUCAGGAACCAGUUCCUCGCCUACUCUCUGUAUCAAAGUUUCGUUCAGUGUCUGCAGUGCUAUUAUCAGAGCGGAUGUCUGUACAGACUGCGAGCCCUGGGAGAAAGACACAACAUGGAUCUGACUGUUGAGGGAUUUCAGUCCUGGAUGUGGAAAGGGCUGACGUUUCUUUUACCCUUCCUGUUUUUUGGUCAUUUCUGGCAGCUCUUCAACGGGCUGUCUCUAUUCAGAAUGGCUCAGCUCCCAGAGUGUAAAGAAUGGCAGGUUUCAGUGUGUGGGCUCUGCUUCCUUAUUCUCUUUGCGGGAAACUUCUUCACCACUGUUGCAGUCGUUCGUCAGAAGUUAAAGACCAGGAAUCAGAAGCCAAAGAGCCUGUGAUGCAGGAAAUUAUAACAAGGCGGCACAGUGGUCCUGAGUUCAAUUCCACCAUCAGACUGGGGUCUUUCUGUGUGGAGUUUGCAUGUUCUCCCCGUGUUUGCUUGGGUUCCCUCCUGGUACUCCUCCCACCAUUAAAUGACAUGCAGAUUGCUGGGAUAGGUUAAUUGAUUAAUCCAAAUUACACCAUAGGUGUGAAUGUGAGCACGAAUGGUUGUCUGUCUCUGUGUGUUAG